UUCAAUCAUAUACUAUCUAUCAAGAUUGUGGUUCAUAAUUUCACAAAAAAAUGGACAAACUAUCUUCUAAAGGAACAAUGUUUACUAAAGAAGAAGGUAGGAGUAUCCGCGGCGAUGAAAUAUUUCCUGAUGAAUAUCUCAUCACAAUUCGUCAAGCUUCAAACUCGAACUCUCAUGAAAUCAGUGAAAAUGAGAGACAAUGGCUAACUUCAUUGGAGAAGAGCAGAGCAUACCUUGACUCAUUGCAGAAUCCAAAAAUUCAAAAGGUCCCAAAAAUGCAUCGCGAUAUUGAAUCAAACUUAAGGUGUUAUGAGCCUCUUGUGGUUUCUAUCGGUCCAUUUCACCAUGGAAAACCAGAACUUCAACCUAUGGAGAAGUACAAGAAGCUACUUGCUAUUCAGUUAACUGAUGAAAAAAGAGUUGAAGGCGACUUAUCAUGGCUUUCGACAAAUUCAGUGUCUCUUGAUGAGCUUUACAGAAAGGUCAAGGACAUUAUGCCUGUUGUCAAGGAGUGUUAUGCUGAGGAAUCGAUCAAAGAUCACAACGAUGAGGAGUUUGCACAGAUGAUGUUCCUGGAUGGAUGUUUCAUCUUUCAAUACCUUCACUGCAUUGUGACCAGUAAUUAUAAAGAUCUGAAAAUGAAGAGCCAUGAUAUAGCUUUCAUUCGUCGUGAUCUGUUCUUACUUGAAAAUCAGUUACCAUUUGAAGUCCUGGAUGUGUUAAUGAGUUGUAAGCUCAAGAACAAUGUAGGAAUGAAGAUGAUAACAACGUUCAUCUCGAGUGCACAUACAAAACCUUCUCAACGUCAAGGAUGCAUUCAAAGUAUCAAGGAUGUCUUUGUUGAUUUCUUUAGUGAUCUACGUCCUGAAAGCCCUACAUGUAGUGAAAAAGCUAUGAACUUUCUUAGCAAGAUUUGUGCAGGAGAACGUUCUGCCCUUAGCAAAGAAGAAAGCACGAAAAAAACACGGCUUCCUGCUCAUCUCCUUGAGAUAUUAAAAACAAAUCUCAUAAACACAAAGGCUUUCACAGAAGGUGGAUGCUAUCUAAGGGGUGAGUGGUGCUCGUAUCGUUCAGCUAUGGAGCUACGUAGAGCAGGAAUCCGUUUCAGGCCUGGAAAGAGUCGUCGUCUUUCAGAGGUUAAGUUCACUUCAUUUCAUUGCUCAGCUCUUUUAACACUUCCACCUAUAACCAUAGAUGAUUCAACCAAGUCACAGUUUUUAAACUUAGUCGCGUAUGAAGCAUGUCCUGAUACACCAGAUGACUUUGGAAUUACGUCUUAUGUUAGUUUCAUGGAUUCACUUAUCGAUCAUGCUGAAGACGUGAAGGAGCUAAGAUCAAAAGGUAUACUACUUAACUUUCUUGGAAGUGAUAAAGAAGUAGCAGAUUUGUUCAAUGAGUUAGCAAGAGAUUUGGUGCCGAAUCCACAUGCCUUUGUUGAUGUGAAAGACAAAAUUGAGAAACAUUACAAUAGCAAAGGGAAAAUAUGGAUUGCUGAAUGGAAUAACACUCAUUUUCACACUCCAUGGACUGUUUUUGCAUUCAUUGCAGCACUUUUUGUCAUUGGUUUGCAAGUUACUGAUACAUUUCUAGCAGGCAUCCAAACCUUUUAUGCAGUCCAUCCAAAAAAAAACUAGUAAUGAUAGGAUGCAAAACCAACCACUUCAAGAAUGUCAUGUUUGUUGAAUUUUAUCAUUUAUUUUUCACCUUGUUGCUCUAUGUCAUUGAUUGAUCUUUGUACUCUUGUUUAUGCAUACAAACUAGUACUAAUUUUGUUUUUUCCUUUUUUGUUUUGCUUGUGUAAACUUACUACUUUGAAGCA